CGCAGCUUGGGCGGGACUUCCGGCUGCCCCGGUGGGGCUGUCUGUUAACGGAGCGGAGCCGGCACCCCUGCCAUGGUGCUGCUGGAGAGCGAGCAGUUCCUGACGGAGCUGACCAGGCUGUUCCAGAAGUGCCGGCUGUCGGGCAGCGUGUUCAUCACCUUGAAGAAGUAUGACGGUCGCACCAAACCCAUUCCCCGGAAGGGUUCCGUGGAGGGCUUCGAACCGGCAGACAACAAAUGUCUGUUGAGAGCGACUGACGGGAAGAGGAAGAUCAGCACCGUGGUGAGCUCCAAAGAAGUGAACAAGUUUCAGAUGGCCUACUCCAACCUGCUGAGAGCAAACAUGGAUGGGCUCAAGAAGCGGGACAAAAAGAGCAAGAGUAAGAAGAGCAAACCAGCACAGUGAGAUGCCCACGGCCUGCUUUCCCCAGCUCCCACUCAGUGGCUAGGCUUCCUUUGGUUUUUCUUUUGAGCCACAGGCUAAGUUUCUGGCUCCCAGUAGCUACUGUUUCCAUGUGUGAUGUGGGUCAUCUUGGAGAGCAGAGUUGAGUGUUUACAGGGUAGUUGUGGUAAGAAGCCAGUUUAUGUCAGAUGUGGCCGAUUGGUCUGUGCGGCAUGGUUGUGUUUUCCUGGGUUAUAGCUUAAAAGUCUCGGACAUCUCUGUGAAGCACAAUGGAUCAUUAAACCUGUCUGUCAGCAUGGACUGCCUCUCACUUCUUUUCCCACCCGAUUUUCACAGUUGUGGCGCUAACUACCAAUCCUAGAAGGCCAUAAAUGAUAGGCUUUCACUUAUCUUCUUGGUGACUGGAAUUGAAGCCUGACAGUUUUCUAGAAAAUGUUCCGUCAUAAAUCAAGAAUAAAGUUGCCAUGGUAAUACUGA